UCACUCUUAGGGAGGCAUGAGCUCCUUAAAAUAUUGUGCCUGUUGGAACAUCCACAGAGUUGCAAAUGACUCCCAAAUGCUUUGUGAAAGCAACAUAAGGAUAUCCUUCACAGAGCCUCUCUCUGUCCGUCUGACAACCCAGUUCAGUAAGCUGACAUGAACACUCAGUGUCAGACAUGCCGCAAAAUAUUCAGGAUCGUCUGAUUGGGCAAAGGGAAGUAAUUAAAUGUAGACUGAAGAAACUGAAAGGAAAACAAAAACAAGUCAAAACAAAGUCCACUGCAAUGAGAGAAAGCAUAAUGAAGAAGUAUGAAGAGAUCCGCAGAGUUCUGGAGGAGGACUGUAGGAUCACUCUGUCCCUGCUGGAGAUGGAGGAGACAGCUACGAUUCAAGCUCUGGAAAACCUCAUUGAGAAGAACUGUGUCCUUCUCAAAGACAUUGAGAUUCAACUGAAUGAAGGGCUGAUGGAAAGUGGCAUGCAGUCUGGGGACAGGGUCACAUUGUAUGAGGACAGAGUACUGGAAUUGCUAACAGCAACAGAACCAGGUCUCAUAAAACUUGAUGAGGCAAAAGCAGAUCAGUUACUGGGCCUCACCAACAAUCUACUGCUGUUCAUCCGUUCACAGACCCCCAUCGCUAAGAGACUGCUUAAGAGCUAUUACACAGAAGUGUCCCUGGACCCUACCACUGCCCACCCAAAGCUGAUUAUUUCAUCUGCAGGGGACUGUGCCACUUUCACAGAUGUUUGGCAGGAUGUCCCAGAGCAAGAGGGACGCUUUGAUACCACCCUUAAUGUCCUCAGCCUCCAGUGCUGGAACUCUGGCCACCAUUACUGGGAGGUAGAUGUGAGUGGAAAGAUCUACUGGGAGCUGGGACUCACCUACCCUUCCAUCCCUAGAAAAGGCCAAAAGGAGGAUUGCUGGCUGGGCCGGCAUGCUGAAUCCUGGUGCCUGGAAUACUUUGAUGGAGACUAUAAUGCCUGGCAUGGAGGUACUGCCCAUCCUUUGCCAAUAUCCUCUUGCUUCCAUAAGAUAGGCAUCCUCUGCAGCUUUCCCGGAGGUCUUGUGACAUUUUUAGGGGUUGAUAGCAUGAUGCCACUGUUCUCAUUCUGUGCUGGGACAUUUACAGAUUCUCUGCAUCUGGCUCUGUGUCCAGGUCAUGAUCUGCAAGGGACAAACUCGAAACCUAUUAAAAUCUGUCAAUCCUAACUAUCUUUAAAAACUUACACCUGUGAUGCAUAAUGUGUAGAAGGGCAGGUUUCUUAGCACAGGUUGGUUUGCACAAAGAUAUUUCUGUGCAGUUUUGUUAUUUUGUUUAAACAAAAUAACAUUUGGGUCUGCUACAAUUAUGUAACAAUUCUAUUUAUUUUUUGUAGGGAUCUUUGAGAGCAACAAUUGAUUACUUUGAACACCACUCUUACCUAGCAGAACUUUUAAUGUAAUCUCAACACAUAAAUGAAAGUAGUAUGAUCAGUUAGUACUUGUAUUUAUAGUAAUUUAAUUUAUCAUCAGUAAGAAAAAUUGUGAUUGCCCAUAGAGAAAUAUGAUAUAUAGCAAAAUAUGUAAAACACAAAUUCUGAGACCCAGUAAAAAAAAUUUUUUUUUAAAUAUCAAUAUAGUGCCUGUGGCAUAAGAAAUAUCACAAUAAUUGUUCCAUUUUAUUUUAUGGACCCAGUGACUAUGAAAAUGAAGGAAUGCUUUUUCCAUAAAAAAAUAAACUUUUAAGUUUUGAGCUAAUUUUUAACAAUGCCUUAAAUAAAAUAUAUAUAUAAAACAUGUUUAUAUGUUUUUUAUUUUUUUGCUUUUUUUUAUUGCACUCCUGUAAACAUAUGAAUUAGCAGUGCCUGCAUUUCAAAGGAAUAUCUCUUAUUUUAUAGAAAUAUGGUUAUUUUAUUGGUUUACCCAUUUCACCUGCAUUGUUACCCAUAUGUGAAAACACACGUAUUGAGUCCCCAUUUCCCCUACAGAGGAGAUCCUGCUUUGGAAACUCACAAAUGUUUCCCUUGAGAUGCAUAAUUAUGUUUAAAAAAAGAAAGAAAAGGGAAAACAGUCAAAUAUUAUUUAUAAGUACAAAAUAAUACACAUAUUGUUAACCUUUUAAUAAAAUGUGCUGAAUUGUGAUGUAAGACGUUUUUAAGGCCCAAGAAGUUGUUGUUGUCCUGGCCAAACAUUAGGUAUCUCUGAAAUGUCUUAGGGUGUCCACAUUGUGGUACUUAAAGAUUUACAACUGUGUCAUUUAUGGGCUCUGAGAAAUAUGAAAACCACAAUGUCCCCUA